CUUUGUCCGCGUCUGCGUGUAAGCUCGUGACUGAGGGCCGCUCGCUCGUCUUUUCUUCUCCGCGGCGCCACGCUGCGAUGCGGAACCGCAGCCGGCGAGCCGGACCGGUCGAGACUGAGGAGGAGGAGACUUCGCGGAGGCUUCGGUCGGGCUCGGUUGAGCAGCGACGAGCUCGCAGACAUCAUGCCGCAGGGAGCUAGCCGCUAGCCGCGAAGCUAUGAGCGGCGACGACGGCGGAGGAGGAGGAGGAGGAGGCGCCAUCAGCCGCCGCAUCAAGAACCUGCUCAGGUCCCCGUCAAUCAAGCUGAGGGGGCGGGGCCGAGAUACGCGUCAUCAGCUCAGCGACAAGGUGACCUUGGAGAAGGUUCUGGGCAUCACGGCGCCAGGCAACCGAGCUCUGUCAUGUGACCCGCGGAGUGGACUCUUGGCGUAUCCGGCCGGGUGUGUUGUGGUCCUGCUGCAUCCUCGCAAGAACAAACAACGUCACAUCUUCAACGCAUCGAGAAAGACCAUCACGACGUUAGCCUUCUCGUCUGACGGCAAGCACGUGGUCACGGGCGAGAGCGGCCACGUGCCGGCCGUGCGCGUGUGGGAGGUGGCGAGCGGCGUGCAGGUGGCCGCGCUCCAGGAGCACAAAUACGGCGUGGCCUGCGUGGCCUUCUCCCCCGACAUGAAGUACAUCGUCAGCGUCGGCUACCCGCACGACAUGAUGGUCCACGUGUGGAACUGGAAAGUACGACACUCUUCUUCCGAACUUGACAAAGGUUUACGAUAUACUAAAGGCGCGGUGGUGGCGGCCAACAAGGUGUCAAGUAAGGUGACGGCUGUGUCCUUCUCGCACGACUCGUCCUACUUCGUGACCGCCGGGAAUCGGCACGUCAAGUUUUGGUACCUGGACCACAGCGGGACCUCCAAGGCGAGCGUCGCCGUGCCGCUGCUGGGGCGUUCGGGGCUGCUGGGAGAACUCAAGAACAACUUCUUCUGCGACGUGGCGUGCGGUCAAGGCCAGCAGGCGUCCUCCACCUUCUGCAUCAGCACGUCGGGCCUCCUGGUGCAGCUGGACCAUCGCCGCAUGCUCCACAAGUGGGUGGAGCUACGCAGAGUUGACUCCGCGCCUGCAUCUCAGGCCACGUGUUUGUGCGUGACGGACGAGCUGAUCUUCUGCGGCUGCUCGGACGGCGCCGUGCGCGCCUUCAGCCCGCACACGCUACACUUUCUCUGCACGCUGCCGCGCCCGCACUUCCUGGGCGCGGACGUCGCGUCCAUGACGGAUGCCAGUCGUCUGUUCUGCGUUCAUCCCGACGCCCGUUACCCGGACACGGUGGCGCUGACCUAUGACCCGAGCGGCGGUUGGCUGACAUGCGUGUACAGCGAUCACAGCGUGUACGUGUGGGACGUGGGCGACCUGAGAGACCCGCGCCAGAUGGGCAAGCUCUACUCGGCACUCUACCACACCUCCUGUGUGUGGAGCUUAGAGGUGUUUCCCGAAGACGCAGGAGACGCAGGGAAGAUGGCGCUCCCACCUGGAUGCUUCCUGUCAUGCUCGUCGGACAACACCAUACGUGUGUGGAACGUAGAUGCUCGCCGCUUCCCCAACAACAUCCUCAGCCACGAUCUGCACAAGGUCAUUUACGUAGAGGACAACCCGUCCAGCCUCCUGGACGCAGACAGUGUCUCGCUCGCCGCCAACAGCGACAAGGUGGUGCCAACCACCCCUGAGACGCCGCCCAGUGACCAGAGCCGGGCGGGCGUUAGGUCCCUGAGAAUCAGUCCCAAUGGGCGGCAUCUGGCCUCAGGAGACCGUGCGGGCGUUCUCAGGGUGCAUGACAUGCACACGAUGGAGGAGAUUAUCAACGUCCAAGCUCACGACGGCGAAAUUCUUUCUCUCGACUUCUCCCAAAGCGACACUGGCGUGCAGUUUCUGGCCACGGCCAGUCGCGAUCGCCUGAUCCACGUGUUGGACGCGGCGUCCGACUACCAUCUGGUCCAAACUCUGGACGAGCACUCGUCCUCCAUCACCGCCGUCAGAUUUGCAGCCAACGAGGGAAAACUGCGGCUGAUCAGCUGCGGCGCCGACAAGAGCGUCUACUUCCGCACCGGCCGGCAGACGGGCAGCGGCACUGUGAAGUUCACGCGGACGCACCACGUGGUGAGGAAGUGCACGCUGUACGACAUGGACGUGGAGCCCGCCAGGAAGUACGCUGCCAUUGGCUGCCAGGACCGCAGCGUUAGGAUCUUCAACAUCAACAACAGCAAACAGAAGAAAAUCUACAAAGGAUCUCAGGGAGAAGACGGAACGCUCAUCAAGGUGCAGAUCGACCCGUCGGGUCUCUACAUUGCCACUUCCUGUUCGGACAAGAGCAUCAACGUGUUCGAUUUCUACUCUGGCGAGUGCGUGGCCGCCGUGUUUGGACACUCGGAGGUCGUCACGGGCCUGAAGUUCAGCGGCGACUGCACGCGCCUCAUCAGCGUGUCGGGUGACAGCUGCAUCUUCGUUUGGCGUCUGAGUCCCGAGCUGACCCUGCGCAUGCGUCAGCGUCUGGCCGAGCAGACGCGUCCGGGCGGAGGCGUCGCGCAAUCCCGCCGCGCGCCUCUGCGGCGGACCGAAAAGCUCGACGAGGCGCGGCCUCCUCCCGUCGUCGCCGCGUCGUCCGACAGCGACGGGGAGGAGGAAGACGAAGAGGAGGAGGAGGAGGAAGCGGCCGAGGCGUCGCGUGACCGCGAGACGUCCGCGCCAGACGGGCGAUUGCCUCGCCGCCGCUGGACGAGGAAUUCGUGCGGCGGCGACGACGGCGGGGGUGAUGUUGCCGAGGCGACGUCCAUGUCGGACCUGAGACAGCUGGACUCGUAUUGCUGGAAUGGCGACGCACAGACGCGCCCUCUCGAUGAUAGUCCCAUCUGGGUCAAGGAGGCGGGGCUUCACCGGGCCAAUCAGCGGCUGGGAAGUCGCCUCAGUCUUCAGGUGGAGCACACGGAGGCACUGGCCAAUCCCAGGCCAGACUUCACCUUGCUGUCCAGUCAGAGCCUGGAGAGGGAGGAGCCGGUGCUGUUUCCUGACCAAUGGGAGGACGGAGUGAGCCUGCGCAGCGACUUUGAGGUGAAGGGCACCGGUCCCGCGAGCGGGCAGGAGGACAAACCCAGUCCGGACAGCGGCUGCUCGCUCAGAUUCCACUCCAGAACCUCCAGUCCUGACGCGGCGGCGAAAGACACGGAGGCCACGGUGCAGACGGAGCGCCUUAGCGACAACGACGACGACGACGACUCCCCGGACGAGGACGCCGGACCCGUCCCACGGACUCCGGACCAGGAGGCCUUCCUGAAGAAACACUUUGUCACGCUGGCCGACAUCGCAGAGGGACCUAGCCGAACCGCUCACAGCUCCAACGAGAGCCUCAGCAUGUCUUCCAGGUUCCUCUCCCAGAACUCCGCUGCGAGCCGGGUCAUCCUGGAGUCAGGAGAUAUCGAGACAAAGUCCCACCCAGUGGUGUCCGAGGUUCAGAACCCUGGCCCGAGUAUGACGUGGACUCUCGACCAAGAUCAACAAACAAGAAGUUGUCAGCCAGAGAAUGAGGAGCAGAACCUCGAGGCCUCCCCAGGGAUGAAGGAGUCCGACCUCAGGAGGGUCACGGAGGCUCCAGGUGGUGUGACUCCUCACCGUCCCACCUCCCUCCCCUCAGCCCCCCGACGCACUCCCGCUGCAGCGGCGCCCCCUCAGAACCUCGGUUCGGCCGCUCCCGGGUACCCCCGGCAGGCGAUUGUCAGCAUGACGCUGCCCAGGAAGUGCCCGUCCCCCUCAGCGGGCGGUCCGCGCUCCUACAUGAGUCCCACUGCCAGCUCCGCCGCCAAAAUGUCCCGCUCCGCGUCGCUGGGUGACGGCCUCAACCGAGCGGGACUGACGGCGGGGGCGGCGUCCGGGCCCGGCCGGCCGCCGACCGUCGCCGUCCCCUCCUUUGCCUCGCCGGGUUGCCAAGGUAACCGGGCCGGCCCGCUACCCCACCUCCUGCUGCCUGACAAACCUUCCGUAACGACCAUCAGGACGGCCGCCCCCUCGGAGCCCCCGCCCGCCCCCCAGCCUCAGGACGACGCAGACCCGCCCGCCAGCGUCGAGUCCUGCCGAGCGUUGACCGAUCAGAUGCUGAGCUGCUUCAAGCGGGCCACCCGCCUCUACAGGAAGGUGAGGACCUCUUGUACAGAAGACACCCCUGAGCGGGGUCAGAUGGCCUGCGUCCUAUCAGAAGCUCUUGAGGCCAUGAGGGCGGAGCUCCAGUGCCUGCCGUUGGGACCGGGUGGCUGCGGCGGCGGGGCCCUCGCGUUGGCGGCGGACCAGGAAAAAACUGCGGCCCUCCUGGAGGAGUAUUCCAUGCUGCUGUUGCAGGCCGUCCAGAGGAAGCUGGGAGCCCCCUAACGCUCCUAGGGCCCCCAAUCUCCCCCAAGACCCCACUCCCUCCUCACCAUCCAUCUUCAACUGCAAUUUUAACAAAACUUUAUUGAUUUAAUCACUUCCUGUUCCCUGUAACCAUGGAAACAUAACAGCUGGAUGAGUUACAGUUGACCUCAAAAAAUGUCACAACUUUUGAGAGAUAUUUAAAAAGUUCUAAAAUAAAUGUUUGCAACAAUG